AUCGUAGAUAAUAGAUAAGCAUUGUCCGUUUUGGCGUUUAAGUUUAAUAAUAUUUUAAUAAAUUAUAGUACACUGUUAUUCAUAUAAUGAUGUAUUAGGUAGAAGGUACAGUAAUAUUAUAAUAAAAUACGUUUUUGUUGGUUUCUAGUACCUUGAACUUCGCCUAAAAAAAAAAAAAAAAAACAAUUAAUUUACACUGUACUUUUUUAUAGUUUCGUUUUGUUUUUAUUUUUGUAGUUCAUAGAAUGUUUGAAUUUCAACUACCUCAAAGUGGUUCUUGUACUGUUACCUGACAAAUGUAGAUUUUUAAAAUAAUAAUGUAUGUAUUUACCUAUAGUUUUUAAUAUUUAAAAAUUGCUAGUUAUGGAUCACAGUGUGUGUUAUAUUUCUGACCCACAACUAAUCAAAGAAUGCUGCAAAAUUCCAAAUAUCUCAAAAAGAGUAAGACUGGACAAGCUUAUCUAGUUGAUAGUCUCAUUAAGGCAUAUCAACUUUCUGAUCAUAUGGAUGUAUUUAAGGUGAAUCCUUCGUCAUAUGAAGAUCUCAUAGGAUUCCAUUCUAGUGCAUAUGUCGAUUUUCUAAAGAAAUUGAAUGACAACAACAGUUCUAUCACAGAUACUGAAGACGAAUAUGGAAUAGGUUAUGAUUGUCCAGCAGUAAAAGAUAUAUGGCAAUUUAUUACAUAUAUCUCGGGAGCUUCAUUAACUGCUGCAAAAGCAUUAACAACUAUGAAAUACAGAUUUUCUAUAAACUGGUGUGGAGGUUGGCAUCAUGCACUAAGAGAUUCGGCUCAAGGUUUUUGUUAUGUCAAUGAUAUAGUUCUGGCCAUUGAGAUGUUAAGAAAAACAUUUGGGAAGGUGUUGUAUAUUGAUAUUGAUGUUCAUCAUGGCAAUGGUGUUGAGUAUGCAUAUAUGGCUACAGAUAAAGUUUUUACGCUUUCAUUUCAUCAAUAUGAACCUGGUUUUUAUCCUACCAGUGGAUCGUUAGAUGAUAUCGGAAUAGAUAAAGGAAAAUAUUAUACUGUAAAUGUACCAUUUAAAGAAGGAAUAAAUGAUGAUAAAUACAUAAUUAUGUUUCAAAAAAUUAGUAAUAUGGUGAAUAGUUCCUAUAAUCCAAAAUGUAUUGUUGUACAAUGUGGAGCGGAUAGUUUAGUUGGAGAUCCAAUUGGUGGAUUUAACUUGACACCAAAAGCAUUAGCUGAAUGUGUAAAGAAUGUAAUGAAAUGGGAAAAACCUACAUUAUUUCUUGGUGGAGGUGGAUAUAAUGAAGCAAAUGUUGCACGUUGUUGGACAUAUUUAACUGCAAUUAUUACUGGACAAGAUGAUUCACUAUCUAGUGAUAUUCCAGAUAAUGAGUAUUUUUCGGCUUAUGGUCCAGACUUUACUUUGGAUAUUAAUCCAGGAAAUCGAAAAGAUUUUAAUUCGUUCAAUAAUUUGAAUAACAUUUUCGGUGUUAUUGCAAAAAAUAUGAAAAUAGUAAAAGAAUUAGUACGCAAGCAAGAACAAUAAUUCAUCAAUAAAACAAUGUAUUCUUUAAAAAAAAUUGUAUUUAUUAAUAUUUAAAAAUACAAUUUUUAUAGUUAUAAACAUA